AUGCCAAAUAGCAAUAAACGCUAUCUUACUGUGUUCUUAAUCUGCCUCAAUCACUACAGCGCUGCAUAUGAUUGCUCCGUGGUGAAGAAGAGGAGGGCUGAAGAGCAGGCUUUGGGUGUCCCAGUCAACAAAAGAAAAUCCCUACUCAUGAAGCCCCGACACUAUAGCCCAAACAUGGACUGCAAAGAAGACAGUGACAGCAGGGCCCCGGACAGCAGCCUCUCGGGAACAGAGGAUCACUGUACUGCAGAAGAAAUCAUGGCAAAACCUGUGGAUGAGAACCUGCAUUCAACUGCACAAGAAAACUCCAGUAGGAAGGAAGACAGAUAUGCUUGUUAUCAAGAGCUCAUGGUCAAAUCCUUAAUGCACUUGGGGAAAUUUGAUAAAAAUGUGUCUGUUCAGACCAUAAGUGAAAACUUAAAUGACAAUGGCAUCCAGUCUUUAAAAGCAACAAGUGACGAAACAGACGAGUGCUUUAUGAUUCAUUCCAACAAUGGAAGAGACAGAUUCGAGGGUUCCCAGCCAGCGUUCUGCUCCUCCGACGACAAUGAAAGUAACCCUGAAAGUACAGAGAAUGGUUGGGACAGUGGCUCCAACUUCUCAGAAGAAACCAAACCACAUACAGUCCCAAAGUGUGAUUCUGAAACAGAAAGGAGAGACCCACAGAAUGUUCCCAUGGAACCCUUGGACAGUAAAGCCAGGCCUGCCUUCCCCGAGACUGAGGAAGCUGAGAGCGAGAGGCUGACAGCAGUGACGGAGGAGGCUGGUAACCUGGAGAAAGCAAAGGGGAAUUUAAGUUUGCUGGAACAGGCGAUUGCCCUGCAGGCUGAGCGAGGCUGUGUUUUCCACAACACCUACAAAGACCUGGACAGGUUUCUGCUGGAGCACCUGUCAGGGGAGAGGCGACAAACCAAAGUUAUUGACAUGGGUGGAAGACAAAUCUUUAGCAAUAAACAUUCGCCGAGGCCUGAAAAGAGGGAGACCAAGUGUCCCAUCCCUGGGUGUGAUGGCACAGGACAUGUGACGGGGCUCUACCCCCACCACCGCAGCCUUUCGGGGUGCCCCCACAAAGUGCGGGUCCCCCUGGAAAUUCUUGCCAUGCAUGAAAAUGUGCUCAAGUGUCCCACCCCAGGAUGCACAGGAAGGGGGCACGUGAACAGCAACCGCAGCACCCACAGGAGUCUUUCUGGUUGUCCAAUUGCUGCAGCUGAAAAAUUGGCAAUGUCCCAGGAUAAAAAUCAGCUUGAUUCUCCCCAAACCGGGCAGUGUCCUGACCAGGCCCACAGGACAAACUUGGUGAAGCAAAUUGAAUUCAAUUUCCGAUCACAAGCCAUCACCUCUCCCAGAGCCACGAUGUCCAAAGAACAAGAGAAGUUUGGGAAAGUACCCUUUGAUUAUGCCAGUUUUGAUGCCCAAGUUUUUGGUAAAUGCCCCCUGGUACAAACGGGGCAAGGACGAAAAACACCGCCAUUUCCUGAAUCAAAGCAUUUUUCAAAUCCAGUGAAAUUUCCUAAUCGACUGCCUAGUGCAGGCGCCCACACACAGAGCCCCAGUCGUGCCAGCUCUUAUAGCUACGGUCAAUGCAGUGAAGACACCCACAUAGCAGCAGCUGCUGCCAUCCUGAACCUUUCCACCCGCUGCAGGGGAGCCACAGACAUCCUCUCCAACAAACCACAGAGUCUGCAUGCCAAGGGAGCUGAGAUAGAGGUGGACGAAAAUGGCACAUUGGACUUAAGCAUGAAAAAAACCCGAAUCCUGGACAAAGCCGCAGCCUUAACCUCCUCUAACACUUCUAUUCCAACGCCAUCCUCUUCCCCGUUCAAAACAAGCAGCCUUCUGGUCAACGCAGCGUUCUAUCAGGCUCUCUGCGAUCAGGAGUGCUGGGAUACGCCGAUCAACUAUAGCAAAGCUCACGGGAAAACAGAGGAGGAGAAAGAGAAAGACCCAGUGAACUCUCUAGAAAAUCUAGAAGAAAAAAAGUUUCCUGGAGAGGCCUCUAUACCAAGCCCUAAACCCAAGCUCCAUGCAAGAGAUCUCAAAAAAGAACUAAUCACCUGUCCAACUCCGGGAUGUGAUGGAAGUGGCCAUGUCACAGGAAACUACGCAUCCCAUCGCAGUGUUUCCGGAUGUCCUUUAGCAGAUAAGACGCUUAAAUCCCUCAUGGCUGCAAACUCUCAGGAGCUUAAGUGUCCCACCCCAGGUUGUGAUGGUUCAGGGCACGUGACUGGCAACUACGCUUCCCACAGAAGCUUGUCUGGCUGCCCUCGUGCAAGGAAAGGUGGUGUCAAAAUGACCCCUACCAAGGAAGAGAAAGAAGACCCUGAACUUAAAUGUCCUGUGAUAGGGUGUGAUGGCCAAGGUCACAUAUCAGGUAAAUACACAUCACACCGCACAGCUUCUGGCUGUCCCCUUGCUGCCAAGAGACAGAAGGAGAAUCCUCUCAAUGGGGCCUCACUCUCCUGGAAACUGAACAAACAAGAGCUGCCACACUGUCCCUUGCCAGGCUGCAAUGGGCUGGGCCAUGUGAACAAUGUUUUCGUCACCCACAGAAGCCUAUCUGGAUGUCCUCUCAAUGCACAAGCUAUCAAAAAGGGCAAGGUCUCUGAAGAACUAAUGACCAUCAAGCUGAAAGCAACCGGGGGUAUGGAGAGUGAUGAAGAGAUUAGGCAUUUGGAUGAAGAAAUAAAGGAACUGAAUGAAUCCAACCUUAAAAUUGAAGCAGAUAUGAUGAAACUUCAGACCCAGAUCACGUCUAUGGAGAGCAACUUGAAGAGCAUAGAGGAGGAGAACAAGCUCAUAGAACAGAACAACGAGAGUCUGCUGAAGGAGCUGGCCGGCCUGAGCCAGGCCCUCAUCUCCAGCCUCGCCGACAUCCAGCUUCCGCAGAUGGGACCUAUCAGUGAGCAGAAUUUUGAAGCAUAUGUAAAUACGCUCACAGACAUGUACAGCAAUCUGGAACGGGACUAUUCCCCGGAAUGCAAAGCUCUACUGGAAAGUAUCAAACAGGCAGUGAAGGGCAUCCACGUGUAG